AUGCCGGUUUUAUUAUUAAUGCCCAAAAAAGUUCGAGCUCCAUACAGGAGUUAUAAGUCGAGCGACUUUUCGAAGGAGAACUCCGAUGACUUGGGCCAAGAUGAAGAUGAUGACAAGAGUAGUAAUAAAAGUGCUGGUGUUUUAUCCAAGUGUACUCUAUGGCCGGUUAGCAAAUUUGAAAAAAUCAAUGUACUAAACUGCGCUUUACAAGAUGGUGAACCCAAAGUUCAAUCUGGGUCAAUGCAUAAUCUAGUUGUGUUCCCUAUAGAGAUAUUUAUCAAGAUUUUUGAGAUAUUAGAGCAUUCUGGAGAAUUAAAGCCUAAAUUUAUGAGAGUUUGCAAAUUAUUUUACCAAAUCAUUUUGCCCAUGAUCUAUAGAGCUCCUCAUUUGAGAGCUACAAACUUUUUCAAGUUUGUUGAAACUCUUUCCAACAACAAGAGAUUGGGUCAUUAUAUCUAUUCAUUAGAUCUAGCAUACGUCAAUCAGUCAGGUAAAAAUGCUUUUGUAGCACGUUUGCUAAAGCAGUCAAAAGCACACCUAGAGAGCUUUGUUGCACCGCAAACGAGUUUUGGAUUCGGACCAUUGAUUGCGCUAAAGAAUUGUCAAAAUUUGAAGAUUUUAGAUUUGCGUUUAGUGUCGGAAACAUCAUCCAUCGAAAUAAACGAUUAUCAAGAGAUAUCAUGGCCAGCGGGUUUGACCUUUUUAAGGCUAUCUGGUGGAAUAGAUGACGAUUUUCCAUUCCAUUCCAAUUUGCCAUCUUCAAUAACAAGUUUGGAAUUUGCGCACUGUCCGUCUAUAACCGAUUUUGGAUUAAAACAGUUUUUAAAUAAGAUAGGAGCCAAUUUGAAAAGCUUUAAAGUGCAGUACCCAAUGCCAGGCUUGAAAGGAAACACGCUAGAUGAUGUUUUCCAUCUCUGUCCCAAUCUACGAGUUUUAGAGGUAUAUGUUGAUUACUUGUCAUCCACGUUUUUUGACGAGAGUCUUUUUGGGGGUGUUGAUUAUUCAAAAUGUCUUCGCACCUUGUACAUUAAUAGCAGUGGCCUGUUGGGAACACUGAACCGAUUGGAUCCAAUAGACUUGGCAAUUGCUUUGGAAGAUGGAAGGUUUCCCUUACUAAAAAAUGUUCAGUGCACGGCCAAGUUGGGGUGGAAUCCAAAAUCAGAAUCAGUGAGAUAUAUAGCAGAAGAGCUUGAUGAAAGAAAUGGCGGUCUCUACAUAGGGUAUUAG